AUGAUUUCAGGCCCGGCUCGCCCUUUCACCCCGGUGAACUCGCCAAAUGAGAAGAUCCCCGUCCCGGUUCAUCCUUCAACCGUGGCUCCGACCUCAAGUCGUGCUGGCCAACAUGUCGAUCCUCAAUUAGUUCAAGAGGGUAUCAAUUUUUACCCGAUCCAAGGCCGCUGGUCUCCGGUUUUUACUACCUCGGCUGGAAACUUCCCUCCCGGGCUCAGGAGCCCCGACUUCGUCAAUCCUGGCUCAACCGACAGUAGCUCCGCCUCUGAUUCCGACUCCUCCAGUUCUAAAGUCUCUGACGGUUUCAGUUCUGGAUCUGAGUCUAACUCCAGCGCCCCAAGUUCUGGUCCACCCUCCAUUCCUCACUCCUCGGCAUUUCCGUCGCCAUCCUCCUUGGAUCUUCGUUCGGUUCCGCCCUCGGAGGUAUUCUACGCCAAUCGACCAAGACCACAACCUGUCGCCACUGGGUCUGGUAACUCCUAUGAUGACCCAAUGGUCAUCGACGAUGAUGCCGCCGCCGGUUCUGAUCCAGAAUCGGUUCCCUUCGGCCCGACCACCGAGUGGGGCUCCACGCAACAGGCUCGUCCUCCAACCAAUCCCGUCAAUCCCGACCCCUCGGCUCGAGAAAUGAUGGAAUUCGAUUAUAACACUAUUCGAAAUCGCCUUGUCGGUUCAAACCCGCAUCCAUUCGGCACUAAAGUUUAUCGUGAGGAAGACCUCCUCUUCAUGUUCCAACAUGUCGCCAACGAUUUCAUUCAUUUGGCCAAUAAGUAUCCCACCUCGACUCUCGGCAAAAUCAAGGAUUGCGUCCAGUUUUAUCAAAACCUUCAAUGGGUUUUCACCGCUGACCGCUGUGGAACUACUCUUUGGUGGGAAUAG